UUAUAUUUACAUUUGUAUUUGUCUGGUAAUCAUUGGGAGAAUAUAUUUUGUAAUAUUUUAUACAUAUAAAAUGAAAGGGAGAAAAAAACCAAUUCGAAAUAAUCCAGCUAAAAUAAUGAUAAUAUUAGGGUCUGGUGGACAUACUGCAGAAAUGAUAAGAAUCCUUAAGUAUUUAAACUUCAAAAAUUACUCACCAAGAAUAUAUGUACAUGCUGAUACAGAUUUAAUGAGCAUUGAGAAAGUUAAAUAUUUAGAAGAAGAUAACAAAGAUUAUAAAAUUAUUAAAAUUCGUAGAAGCAGAGAAAUUCAUCAAUCAUAUUAUACAACUAUUUAUACUACUAUUUAUGCAAUUCUUGAAUCAAUUCCUCAUUUAUGGAGAGAAUGUCCAGAAUUACUUCUAUGUAAUGGUCCAGGCACUUGUGUUCCUUUGUGUAUAAUAGCAUUUUUAUUAAAGUUGUAUAUUACACAAACUACUAUAAUAUUUGUUGAAAGCAUCUGUAGAGUGAAAACUCUAUCAUUAACAGGAAAAAUUUUGUAUUAUAUAGCUGAUUACCAAAUAAUACAAUGGCCAUAUUUAAAUAAAUCAAAUAAUCAAAAUAAUAAAAUAUUGUCCAUUUAAAUAAAAUUAAUUCAU